CUUCAUCUGUCACUAGUAUGAAGCAAAGCAUAUGUUCUUUUCUUUCAUGUUUUUUAGCACAUAAAUGCAAUGCCUUCAACUUAAGAUCUUUAUUUCAACUUGUCGAAUCAAUUGUUUAGCAAUAAUCCACGAAAAUGGAAAUGGAAUUGGGGCUCAAACUAACAAGAGCUGCAGAUGAAUUCUCCUCUGCUGAAUUCCAAUUUGCAAAAGAUCGAGCCGGCUCUCUUUUCCAGUCUGCAGAAACAGACACUACGUUCAUCCUUAGUGUCCAUUUAAGAGGUUAUACACAAAAAAACAUAAAGAUUGAUAUUAAUGAGGAAGGAACCAUAAUCGCGAUAAGGGGUGAGAAGCCGGUUCAAGAGACUGUGAUGGUAGGGUGGAAAUUGGUCAAGAAAGAUGUAGAAAUUAGAAAAUUCAGUAAGGCUUUCAAGAUUCCAGAUGGGGUGAUCUUGGAUAAAAUCAAGGCUAGAUAUGAUGAGGAAAAAUCUAUAUUGACAAUUGAAAUGCCAAAGAAAGUGAAAGGAAUUCUUGGAAUUGAGUUUGUAGAAGUGGAUGAAGAUGAGCUUAUUACUGAAGAUUUGUCAAUAGUAGCUGAUAAGAUUCCUAAAAAGGUCACAUUUAAAUGUGAUAUGGAUAAACCAACAUCCUCAUCUAAUUCAGAGUGUAUUCAAAAAGCAGAAGAAAACCAAGAAAAGGAGAAGAAAGAAAUUGUGCAAAAUACAUUGGAGGAAAAAUGGGAAAAACAUGUUGUCAAGGAUGAAAUUACUAAUAUGGAGAAGGAAUUAAUGCCAAAAAUAGAGUCAAACAUCAAGGGCAAUGAUACAAUUCAAGAAAUAAGAGAGCCUCAUAGCAAUGAAGUAGGUGGUGAUAAAACUGAAUCUACAAGUUCAAGGGAUGAGCCUAAAGAUAAUCAAGUAGGUGGUGAAAGAGCAAAUGGAAUUUUAGAAGAUGGUGAAAUAUCAAGGAAAAGGGAAGGUGACAAUGUGCCUAAGAAAAGCUCCAAAAUUUGUGUGCCAAUUGUUGCAGGCUCAGCCGUAAUAUUAUCUCUUGUUUUGUUUGUAAUUCAUUUGAUUAGAACUAAGAAUCAAUCUGGGAAAAGAAAAGGUUAGAGCAAACUAUAUUUCAUGAGUGUUGUUAUUUCCUUAUUUUUUUAUUUUUUUCGUUUCCCUUUCUUUCAUUUGAUUGUAAAAAGAGGGUGUGAUGAUCAAGGUUCAAUUUAUUGUACCGUUAUGCGUUUGUAAUUGAGCCCAGAAAAGCCAAUCAUUAUUAUGGGCACUUAUAUUGGUAAUUUUUUCUAAUUGGGA